AUGACCGUACGCGGUCUUGGAUCCAUAGGCUCCCCCAUUGUCAUUUCCGACGACGAAGAGACAGCAGCGUAUAUGGAGCGGCAGCUUGCUCGCCUCGAGACGGUACUGCAACCUAAUGCGCUGCUGCCCUACAAUUGGCAGUCGCAGCCGGAGAUGACUGAUUUACAGAACGACGAGAUGAUGACUGGAAGUAGCAUGCUCAGUGGUCCGAAAGUUGCCGUGACAGGCCAAAAGCGCAAGAGAGGCAACAGCUCACAAACCGAUAUACCUCAAGUUGACAUACCCCCGGUCGAGAGCCGAACCGCACGAAAGAAGAGGCGAAGAAAAGAGAAGCAGCUAGCACAGUCUCAAGGACCUACUCCCGUUCCACCCCCGACUGCCAACCUGCCACUCCCUAUCAAACCCCCAGUACAAGCCUCGCGCAAGAAGGCCCCUGCCGCGCAACCAGUGCCAGAGAAGUAUGUGCCUCAUAACGUGCCUGAGAUAUUGCCUCCUGUGUCAUGGUCCUCAUAUGCCUCUGUGCCUUCCGCGCCUCCCGCUGGCCCACCGUUGAUUCCCUCCCUUCCUCUCAAGCCAUCGGCGCUGACCGCGUCCCUCGGAGCCAGCUUGGUCAACGCCCACGCAUCUGGCUCCGCUCCGCCGGUGCGCGGCAACUCACACCUCACGCCUUCCCCUUCUACCUAUCCCGCUGAUUCCCAGGACGCGACUGCAACUUCGGCGUCCGCUGAUGCUUCUUCUGUAAAGCCCAAAAAGAUAAUAGGAAUGUCAUCGGACGGAGGCACUCAAGGCACACAUGGUUUGUUCACCAUAGCACAGGGUGGCACGUCUGUGCCGAACCCCUCUCGUACGCUAGUGCUGGAACUUUUGCCCAAAAAGUUUCGCAAUUUAGCGUUCGUGCGGAAUUGGGCACAUCGUUUUGCAAAGCGGCACCUCCGUGUUGAGAUGGAUAGCGCCACAGGGAAAGCACUGGUCGAGUUCCCUCAUACAGACAAGGCCCAAGCUGCUUUCAAUAGUCCUCGCCUAUUCGGAGAAGGGAAAGACAAUAUUCGUGCGUGGUGGUUCAGACCGUCGUUUUCUCAGGUGUCGGCUGUAAACGAUCUCGAGGAAGGCGAAAUCGAAGAGGAUGUUGGCAAUGAUAAUCCACCUGAUGCCCAGGUAUCAGGUAAGAAGAAGGUGAAGGAGAAGCAAAAGCAAAAGCAGAAGGCGACAAAGAAAAAGGCGGCGGACAAGCGGAAUGUGCCGGUCGCAUCGACUUCUGCUCUUUCUCCGGAGCCGGUCGACGAGGAUGCGUUAUUGUCUGCACUAUUUGGACGGUCACGGUCUCAGAAUUACCAAGAUAUGCUCGCUUCUUGGCCCAACGCAUCUGCCUUCCCUCCUGCUUCGCUAUCUCAAUCCCAUGCUGGCAAUGCGUUCAUGGCCUCGUCCAUUGGUCCUCCUUUCCCAGUGGUAAAUUCAUUCAUGCCAUCGACGACACGCUCGAUGAUUUCCACUGGUACAUCCUUUGGGUAUGAGUCGUCGUCAGUCGAUCGCUCUGUUCCAGUUAUACCUAGUAUAUCUGCCCACGAAUUUUCUCAGGCAGUAUCAUUACCAAUGGACGAAGAGCAAGCCAUGGAUCUUGAAUCGGAGAAUGGCGGUUACGACGCGUCGCUCGACGUCGUCGAACAGGAGGCAUCUGGUACGAUGAACGAAUUUGUUGAUGAUAACUUCUCUAUUGCUUCAUCAAGAGCGUCCGAACCGCCUCUUCCGAGUCAUCCAUUACAGACCCCGCUUGCAGCAGAAACGACCUCGUAUAACAUUCCUAUGGCUGAAUUCUCGGAUGACAUCCCAGCUCCACCGGAGUGGGGAAGUACUGGUGAUCCCGUUUCCCCUGCCGCAGUUGUUUCCAUUGUUCCAACACCAACACCUUCCCUGGAGCCAGUUCCUCCUCCGAUCGACUCUACAACAGUCGUUCUCCAAAAGGAGACCUUGACACCCCUUGCACGGGAGGCCACCUUCACGCAGCCACCUUCAGACGAUGUCGGUCCACCUUCCCGAUCGCUGGUCCCGGGCGUGAAAAGCAUCAGUCCUCCACUCUACGAGAAGGCGAGAGAUGAUGAACCUUUCAGGACUUUCGGUCUCACGAAGCAGGCACUUCUGGAUCGUCAGAUUGCAUUGGAGAAACAUAUUGCUCGCGCCAAGCUCGAACUCGCCCUGAAACAGGCAAACAAUGGUGGAGGCGCUCCUGUUCGUAACACACACUCCCAUUUACCUCUCCAUCCCUUUGUACACGGAGUUACUGGAUUGAAAUCGUCUGGAAUACAAUCUGCUCCAGAAGAUACACGCAGUGAUCGCUCUUCUACGACAAGUUUGCCUGCAACGCGACCUCCAUCUGCGACAGGUAUCCCAAAGUCCGUUGAUUCAGAGCCUGAAGACGCCAUGUAUGGUAGUACCUUUACACCAGUUCUGCUGUCGUCAUCAACUUUGGAAGUCACUACUCCGAUUUCGACCCCCGUUAUGAUUCAAGCUCCCCCCAGGGAUUGUGCGGUUGAGUCGCGGGAUCCAACGAUCAAGGCGUCUGUUUCCUUGACACGCUCAGAGGUGACUUUGGAUGAGCUAGCCGUCUCUUUCAUUACGGAAACGCUUCAAACCAUUCAUCCUCCUACACCUAUCUCUACACCUGCCCCCACCCCCAUAUGUGCACCCGAUGUUAUUUCUACUUCUACUCCUGCUCUUGCUCCUGCUUUGAGGACGUCAUCGGCAGAGAAAAUGGCCCUGGCUGCUAAACAACAACGAUUAGAACAGUAUAUUGCGGAGACCAAGGCAUUGAUGGCUAAGCUUGGUGAAGUGCGAUCGAAAGAGGAGAAGGACCAAAUCCUCAGAGUCCUCCGCGAGCGGAGUCGGUAA